UGGCCAACACAUGGCGGGUGACGGGUAAUGAAUUAAUGAUAGUAUCAUGCCACGCCGACGCGACAGCCGCUAUAUGAACUACAAUUAAACAAACAAUCAAACAAACAACAACAACAUCACAACAACAAUAACCACCCGCUCAUUUUCAACCCCAAUCCCCGAAGAACGGGGGCACACAAGCUUCAACACAUCACUGAAUCUAGAGCGGAAUAAUAGACGGGGCGGGACGGGUCAGGAUAAUGGGAUACACAACAUGGGUCAGGGUAUCAAACGGAAGGGAAAGGGGUUUCUUAGGAUCGGAUUGCGUUGGUUGCAUUGGCACGGAGGAUAUACCCGGUUUUCUUGUUGUUGGAGACUUUGUGGGGAUGACGCGAGAAUGAAGGGAGGAGAAGGAGGGGUGAGACCCAGGCCAGGCUGGAAACGCCUGUGGACCUGGGCCGUUACUCCUCCGGUGUUUGGGUUUUAUUCAGCAUGUGUGGUCAUGUUUUUUACUGAUACCCGGGGAGGUAGGGGUGAGGUGGGAAAGCGGGUUGGGGAAAUGGAUGGUUUCUCUUGGAUCUAUCUGGUCGGGAACAAGCGGGCCAGCUACGUUUUUGUACUAUUAUCACUUCUUGUACGGUCGACGACACACGAUGUUAGACCUGUGUGGGGUAUGGGAAGAUGGAUGUUGCAUUUAGGAUGUUGCAUGUAGGAUACAUAGAUGGAAGGUUUGGAUGGAGCAGGACUCGAGAGCUGGCAUCUUGAAUACACGAGCCUUUACAACAACCAAGCAUGCCUCCCAAACAAUAUCCCAUGUGCUUCAUCUCGGAGCAGAACUGAGUAGACGGCAACCACGUUCGUUCUAUGGUAGCUACCGUACCGUGGUUAUCGUAC